CCCUUCCACCGUCCAUUGACGAACCUGUUCUACUUGCUGCACGUCCGAACCGAGUAGCAGCGCCCUCGACCGACCCAGAACUGCCAACACCAGAGCCGACAACCCACAAAUACCGCCAACAUGCCUCCAGCAGGGAGUGGUAGCUCCAGGAAGAUCUCCUUCAAUGUGUCGGAGCAAUACGACAUCCAAGAUGUUGUAGGAGAAGGCGCAUACGGUGUCGUCUGCUCCGCGCUGCACAAGCCUUCCGGCCAGAAGGUGGCCAUUAAGAAGAUUACUCCAUUCGAUCAUUCCAUGUUCUGUCUAAGGACACUACGAGAGAUGAAGUUGCUGCGAUACUUCAACCACGAGAAUAUCAUCUCGAUCCUCGACAUCCAGAAGCCUCGCAACUACGAGACUUUCACUGAAGUCUACCUUAUCCAGGAACUCAUGGAGACCGAUAUGCACCGCGUCAUCCGCACACAGGAGCUCUCGGACGACCACUGCCAGUACUUUAUCUACCAGACGCUCCGCGCUCUCAAGGCCAUGCACUCGGCGAACGUCCUCCAUCGCGAUCUCAAACCCUCCAACUUGCUUCUCAAUGCCAACUGCGAUCUCAAGGUCUGCGAUUUCGGCCUUGCGCGAUCCGCCGCUUCCACCGAAGAUAACUCUGGUUUCAUGACGGAAUACGUUGCUACACGCUGGUACCGUGCGCCAGAGAUCAUGUUGACCUUUAAGGAGUACACAAAGGCCAUCGAUGUGUGGAGUGUUGGCUGUAUCUUGGCUGAAAUGCUGAGCGGCAAGCCAUUGUUCCCAGGAAAGGAUUACCACCAUCAGCUCACGCUGAUUCUCGAUGUCCUUGGUACGCCUACCAUGGAAGACUAUUAUGGCAUCAAGUCCCGCCGCGCUCGUGAAUACAUUCGAUCGCUUCCUUUCAAGAAGAAGAUCCCAUGGAAGGCAAUGUUCCCUAAGACCAACGAUCUUGCGCUCGACCUGCUCGAGCGAUUGCUUGCAUUCAACCCAGUCAAGCGUAUCACAGUCGAGGAGGCCUUGAAACACCCAUACCUGGAGCCGUACCACGACCCCGAUGACGAGCCGACCGCUGAUCCAAUUCCCGAGGAAUUCUUCGACUUUGACAAGAACAAGGACAACUUGACCAAGGAGCAAUUGAAGCUGCUUAUCUACCAGGAGAUCAUGCGAUAAGCUUAUCCCAGUAAUUUAUAUGUGCGGCAUUUACAACGAGAUCAAGUCAUGAUACCUAUCCGGGAUCUAGAAGCAUCUCCUCUCGUACCGUUACGAUCGACUGAGCACCUAGCUGGUCUGAGCUCAUAUUAGAUGUAUCAUUCUUGAGCAAACCUUGCAAAGAGACGAUAUAUUGCAUUGACGAAACGGAACACUUGAUGGUAGUAGGAAUGAAUAAGAACAUGG